CCGACAUCUGCGGUUAAAGCUGGAACCAUACACAUGUGUAUUCACACAUGCAGCGUCACGUCAGUGAUAUCGAUAUACUCAAGUGCAUCGCUCAUAGCUCCUGGCUCAGCAAAGUUGCCUGUGGCUCAGCAGUGUCCGACGCAGUUCGACGAUUCGUUGUACCCAGUCGUACGAGGUUCUGGAGAUCCUCUCGUCCGUCAUAAACAGAAAGGGUUGACUGAGAUGCUGAGAAAAUACGCUAUCCUUGUAGCCGCAGUCUUGCUACUGAUCCACGAUGCCGACGCCGCGUUUCCGUUUGGUAGCGGCGGCCGGAGUACAAGCAGCGGCGUCAGGCAGUAUCGCAGCAACGGAAAUUACUACGGCGAUUUGGGUUCCACUGGCCGCGACGCCGCUGCUCGUUCUUCGGAGCAGGGAAAACGCGACAGCGACCUGGCGAAGGGCGGCAAGGGCCUCUCGGCCUGGGGCAUCAUAGCCAUCGUAGUGGGUGUGAUCCUCGUCGGCACUGGCGGCUAUUACGCCUUCGUCUUCUAUCCCUACAUCUGCAAGAGAGAACGCAGCUACGAUAUGAUAGAGUUGACCAACGUUCUCUGACUAUGCGUCCCUUAGUUUUACAAUUUUACUUUGAAUGCGUGUCUUCUGUUUUUUUUAUUCAAAGGACAAUCCUUCAAUGGGUUGCUCAGAAUUCACCAACGAUUGCUUCUCGUUUUUUCAUUCUCUUUGUAUAUAAUCGCGACAUGAAGAACCGCGAGCACCGUAACGAAUUUUUUCGCGAGAUACCGUCGGUCUUUGUUUCUGAAAAUUUAGGUACAGUUUGAGAAUUAUUCAAGACAGCAAGGAUCCGAUGCUUCCGAUAUCACGCGCGUAACAUUUUUUUUGCGUGUUCAAUAUUAAGGCCAUAUUUUUGUACUUAUGUGUAUACAUGCUUUACAUACACCCAAAAA